AUGAAGGCUCAAGUGGUUUCCCUCUUUAGACUCUCUCCUUAUGUUGUCCUUCUAUAUACCAUUGCCUUUCCAGUUGCGGAAUGUGCGGGUAUUGCAUCGGGAAUGGUCCCAAUCCAGGUUCACAAGCCAAGUGAGGGCAUCGACCUCGCCUCCUUUCUUCAAUCCAGAACCCAGAAGCAUGAUGAGAUAUUUACUGAAGCCCUUCAGUUGCUUGAGAAUCUCAAUUGCUCCUCAUCAUGCAACAAGCUUGCAGCCACGAAGCUAGUUUCGUCCUGUACGUCCAUAGGUCGACGCCCCGAGGGCCCGGGCAAUCCCGAUGCGUACUUGGCGCUUGAGACCGUUCGAUCUCUGUACGCAGCGAGGCUGGCAAUAUGUGAGAUUAGCGGAGCAGGAAGAUCUGUCCCGGCACCCUGCAGUUCGAUUAAUGGCCCGCCGCCACCUAGGAGAGGGUUCUGGGGUCGCCCCACGCAGAACAUCAUUGCAACAGAUGACUACGAUCAGAUACAAAAGGCAGAUUUGGAGCCGUGUCUCAGGGACCUCGAAUCACGACCCCAGUGGUGGACGUCAUACAGCAAUAGUAAACAGAACGCGGUAGUCAUAUGCCAAGCGUCGAGGACUGAAAUUGACAAGGAAGACAUCCUGGAAACAUAUCACUCCAUACUUCAGAGCUCUGUCAAGUUGAGCAAUGGCCUUCAUGAAGCACUGAGGAUGGCUGCUGAGGAGUCCGCCAAGAGCAGGGCUUUCGCUGAAGCAAUUGAACUCCUAAGAGAAGAAGCCUUGCGGGAUAUUGAGAAGUCGACAUCGUCGCUGAUGGAGAAGGUAACUUAUAACCUUGAGACUGGUCUCAGCCUGUUUUCCGAGAGCAUCUCCUCUGCCCUGGAACGAAUUCAGCUUAAGUAUUCAGGCCUCGAAAAUGAGAUUGAGAACUCUCAGAACUCGGCCAAGUCCUUACAGCACAUGCUCCAAUAUAUGCACGAAGAAUCGCUUUUGAGAAGCGAGCAAAUUGCCAUGGCCCAGCAGCAGAAUGCCAAAAAACACAAUGAGCUUGCGAUAUCUCUUCAGUCUAAGCUGAAUAUAACCCAGGACGAUUUUGCCAAGCUAGAAGCAAGCGUCUCCGAGCGUCUUCGAGGUAUAGACUUGUCGCUCGAGGACUUCCAACUGCGAGCUGACAAUUUGGACCAAGUCCAACAGCGCCAGUACGAGAUUAUGAUAGCCCAGACGCAAGCACAACAGGAGCUUCAAGACAACAUGCGGAUCUCCAACGGAAUCCUGGACCAGACAAUGUCCAGGGCAGCAAACCUGCAAGCGACCUUUGAUGGAAUUGACAGCGCCGUCAAAGCAACCAUAGAAUACGUUCCGGACUUCCUUAUAAAACUCUUGACAUGGCUGAGAUGGGCCAGUCCUUACAUUCUCUGGCUCCUUCUCGGUAUAGCAAUGACCUCAACACUACUAAUAUUGUUUUUCCUGAUCUCGAUUUCCCUGCGCUAUCUAUCACCGAGGCGAGCGUACCCCAGCCUCCGCAUGGUCUGA